UCGCUUUCGCGAGUAGCAGCUGCCGCGCUGAGCCUGCUGAGCGACGGACCUGUGCCCCCGAGGCCGUCUCUGUCGCUCUCGGCGCAUGGGGGCUCGGCAGAGGCGCGCGCGCGCUCUCUCUCGCUCUCGCCACGCAGCAGCAGCAGCAGCCGAGACGUCGGAGCUGGUCGAGGGAGUAGCAUCGGCAGCAGCAGCAGCAGCAGCAGCAGCAGCAGCAGCAGCAGCAGCAGCAGCAGCAGUGGUACUAGCAGGGGCACCGAAAGGGCAGCGAGGGACGAUGGGCUGGCUGCAUCGCUAGGACCGCGCGCGCUCACUGUCGACGGGGCGGAGCGCCAGCAGCAGGACGACGACCGACCAAAGGACGAUCGAUAGAUAGUGGCUGCUGGCUGGUGCGCGCGGGGGUGCGGCCGGGCCAGCGGCUGGCAGUCAGCGCCAUGCCCGGGGGCCCGACCGCCGCGGCCGCCCACGCGAUGCGGCCCGCCGAGCUCCAGAUGGACCCGCGCAGCCUGCCUACCUAUCAGCCGGCCACCACCCCCCAGGCUGCGUCCUCCUCCGCCUCCACGCAGGUGGACGUGUCGACGCAGGUGGACUUGCACGAAGGAGCAUCGUUGCAACGUGGCGCAACGCCGCUGUACUCGCGCGAGGACAUCAAGGAGCAGUACUGCAUAACAAAUCGGCAGCUGGACGCGGUGGAGAAGUCUGGUGGCGGGAUAUUCGGUUGCCUUACCAGUCGCGGACCUUCGCCCUGCAGUUCCGCCGCCAAAGCUUCGAUCCUGUCUGCCUGCGUGCGCAGCGCUCCCAGCGACGAGAACCUCUGCGACGCACCCUAUCCUUAUCCCUAUCCAAGUCCCCAUCCGCUCGCUCCACGCGCUCAUCCCAGACAAAUGCCGCCGCUCAUCAUGUACCAGCAGCCUUACUCCACCUACCCCAGGCACAUGUCGGCCAGGUACCCGUCAGCCCCGUACCCUCAUCCCUUCGACGUACAGGACGACGAAGAUUGGCACGAGUCUUCCUUCUUCCGCAGGCGGCCCAAAUCUUUCUACUCCGGGCCAGAUCCAAAGAGGUACGUGUGGGUACCAGAGGACGAGGAGCCAACAAAGUUAGAAGGGCCUCGAUCGGUGCUGCCCCCGUCGAUGCAGCAGCAGCAACCGCUAAUUUCGGCGUUGCACUCGCAGCAGAAACAGCAGCAGCAGUCGCAGCAGCAACCACCGCUAACGAAAGGCAAGCACGUGAGCUUCGCGAGGUCGCAAACGCUGACCUCGUUCGACAUGCCGCGCACAAAGAGUCCACCGCGACCGCACAAUCAGGAACGGCUGAUAGACUCGCAGCCGACCGUGCACACCUCCAUGGCCUCGACCUUGAGCAAAACGCAUCCUGCCUACCCACCGCCGGAGCCUCGUAUCGUCGUACUCGAGAAACAGCCAAAACGCGGAACGAUGAAGGCUCAAGCGACACAGACGGAACUGCCAGCGGGUAUUCGAGGCCGUCUGCCACCAGUAACGCUAAGUCCACGCACAAUUCACCGAGUGAAGAUGGUGUCGCAAGGCGCUCAAACGAAUGGCAUGCUGAAUGGUCGAAAGCUUCACAAGAGCUACUCGGAGGCUGGCAAGCUAAGUACACCACACGGCAUUGGAUCUGUGAAGGAGGAGCCAGCCGAACACGAACCGUUGCAACGCACACAAAGCGAGGAGCCACCGCGCUCGCCCUUCAUUCUUGAUACUCCGCCGCGCUCCCCUACCGUCGCUAAGGACGAACUGCUUAACGGGGAUUUAGCGCAGGAGUUGGCAAAUAAGGAAUUGGAGUUGGAUGACGAGGAGAUCCUGAUAGAUUUCAAGCCGGCGCCGGUGUCGCCGGACGCGCGAGCUCUGCUGGAGGAAAUGGCGCAACCUUAUCGUCGCUACGUAAGCUUGCAAAAGACCUUGUCCGACGGUGAGAUUCAGGUGGAGAGACGGGAAUUGAUGAGCGAAAUCGGCGAGCCCAGUUAUCCCCACACAUGCCGUAGAAAUCAUCCGCAGGAUCCCUGGAGCAAAAAGCUUCAUGCCCCCGUCCAGUUCUCCUCGACGCCCGAGGAUCUAUCGCUGCUUAGGGUUAUCUCGCCUCCUGAUGACCAUAACGACGAGGAGUUCCAUGAAAACCUCGUGCGCCGAGGUUUGUUCCGUAAACGAAGCGUGUCCCUCGAGGACGGUGUACAAAUUCUUUCAACAAAUGAAUACAUCCUACCAAGGUCUCUUCCUACCUCACCGACGUCACCUACCUCAGCGGCAGCUCCAUCGCGGAUGUCGAGGGAGACACGCGACGGCGGGACGCAUCAGCGACACUUGCUGCACGCGGGCUUCGUGGCGCCGUCGCCGUUCGCCUCGAGCGACUCGCUGACGAACGACGCCACGCGCGACCACAGCGACGGCAUCUGGAACGAGUCGCAGGCGACCGUCCUGCAGGCCGACGAGCGAACCGGGGGCGCUGGCGGCCUGCUCACGCCCUCGUCCAAGCGUCGCCAGCUGCUCAUACUGCAACACCAGCAGCGAUCGUCCAUGGACACCGACGCGCUCGACGCCGAGGACGAGAUGGACGUUUACCCGUCCAGCCCGAGGAUCAGGCUCGAGGCGCCCACGCCCGUUACCACAACUCCUACCGCGGAAGCAACGUACUCGAUCACAAAUGGACGAACGAGGAUGGGAUACUUGCGACGUAGCCCGUGCCCGGCGGCUUCGUCGCAGCCACACUCGCAGUCCUCGAGCGAAUUCGGACUGAGUCGUUCGGGCACGACGGACAUUAGCGAGACCUCGACGACUGACGACUAUAUCACUGCCAACACGUCUACGGGUACAGGGACCACCACGGGCACGGCGACCAGCUCGCUUGGCAGGCCGACAGGCCACAUGCACAAGGCCCCCUCCGGGCCCAUCUCAGCAACUGCCACCCAGGCGGACGGGAGCUCGUUCGAGAGCGCCAGCUCCGUCUACAGCCUCGCCAGGAGCGAGGCCGUCCUGGAUCACGAGCUGAGCAGCCCCCGCGCGCUCAAAUCGAACUCGCCGUACAGCGUUCAGCAGCAGCAGCAGCAGCAGCAGCAACCGUCACCAACUAGAUCUUCGAGCAGUAGCAGCUCGGGUAGUUACGACCUCGAGGAUGCCAUGCCAGAUAACGCGCAAGAAACCUUCAAAGCCGCAGCCCACGGAGCGCAAACCGCAACCAACGAGCAAGAAAUCUACGACGGGCAUCGUUCGUCGUCAGGCGGUUACGCCGAGUCACCGCCCGACCCGCAAUUCUGGAACGAAGAGGAGCGCCGGCGCCGGAAGAAGACGUUCACCCUGGACUUUCCAGCUGGACUGGAGCCCACGGACGGCGCCAAGUCGACCGCCGACGCUCCGGCCCACCCAGCCAGCGGCCACGGGGAUGCUGCUAGCACCAGCCUGUCUCCGAACCACCGCGAGCGUUACCGCUCUCGGUCCAAAAGCGCCGCCGCGCGCUCGUCGCCCCACCGCAACAGCAAACGACGCUCCUUCGACUCGACGACUCUCGCGCAACAGCAGCAACAGCAGCAGCAACAAAUGGCGAGAAGUCCACAGAAGGAGGAAUGGCGCGAGCAAGGCGACGAGCAGGCUCACGCGCCGACGAGCGAUGACUCGAGCUGUAGCCACCCCAGCUGCAGUCAUCAUUACCACGUGCAUCAUCAUCAUCCACACCAUCACGUACAUCGCGAGGCUGCCACGGAGUCGAGGCAUCGGCGCACCAGGGACAGUCCUCGGCGCAAAAGCGCCGGCCACCUUCCCGCCAGGCGACGGGGCAGUCGAGACGAGGAUAAGAACGCGGCGUUAACGGGCAGUCUGCCGCGGCGUCGUUCGCGCGCGGUGGAUCACGUGAGUUCGAGCCGACUGAGCCCCGGCGGUGGCGGCGGAGGCGGACGUUACAGCGCGAGUCCGGGCCGCAGUAACGGUGCCCAGUACUCGACUGCGCUGAUCAAGUCGCCGAGCCCCGAGGUACGGCUAAAGGCGCUGUCGGCCGAAAGCCUUAGGUCGGUCAGUCCCGGCAGCGACAGCGUUUUCUAUGGCAUCGACGACUCAACCACGGACCAAGCCCACUGCCACUGUUGCGGACGAGAGGUUUCGGCAGACAUAGUGCAGCCUCCAGCUGGCUUUGCGGAUUCACCGGAAGGAGGUCACAGGCAAACAUCGAAGCAUACUGCGGGCCAUAGGCUGUUUAAGAAAUUUGAUAAGCGCUAUCGAUCAGAAGAUCGCAGUGAACGCCGUUAUCAUUCGAGCAGCACAGGACGAUCAGAUUUGAGAGCAAGGUCGGAAGAGAGAGGUGUUGGGACAGGUAGUCGUUAUGGAGAGGAUUUCAGCAGAGAACGAUUUCAUACUACACGAAGUACCGAUGCUAGCAUGGAAAUUCUCACAGGUCGAGAAGACGAAGACGCCUACACAGAGCCGUACACUAGUUACGAAUGGCUUUAUAUAAGUGAUUUUGAGGAGAGUUGCGCUUGGAGACGGCCGGACACUGCGGAAGACGACGACGACGAGGAGCGAAGGGGGGCUCAGGAAUGCACCGAAAGUGAAAAGAAAUUUAAAAAGAAGUAUCAAGCUGCCACGCACAGAGUUUAUUUACACAAUAUAUAUUGGAAAAGUACCGGCGAAAUGUUCAAAAGAGUGCAGAGCAAAGCCUUUAAGAGCGACAAGAAGGUGGUGGUGAGACGAAAGGCCGGUGGCGAGUUUGGCUUUCGCAUUCACGGCUCGAAGCCGGUAAUGAUAUCGGCCAUCGAACCCGACACCCCAGCCGAGAACUCGGGCGUGGGCGUGGGCGACAUCGUGGUGUCGGUUAACGGUAAGAGCGUCCUCGAAGCAGUGCAUUCGGAGGUGGUGCGACUCGCUCAAUCGAACCCCGACGAGCUCGAGCUCGAGGUCGCAAGUACGAGCAACGUGGUGGCGCCGCACCUGGGCAGAGAUGGACCGCCCGAGACCAAGCAGGAGCCGGCCCUCUACUCCGGCUACCUCUGGAGAAAGUCCAUGUCCACCUCGGCCCGAGACAAGUGGAUGCGUCGCUGGUUCGCCCUACGUCGAAACAACUGCCUUUAUUUCUACAAGACUGAUAUGGACUCGCAACCAGUGGGGGCGGUAAUGCUACUGAAAUAUGUCGUGGAACUGACUCACGAAUCACGAGCGCACAGUUUCGCCAUCAGCAAGUAUGGCGCACCGACUCUGCAUCUUGCGGCUGACACAGACGAGUUGGCGGCUCGAUGGUGCUCGGUCAUCCGAGAGGCCGUCGAAAGGAAUAAUCAGGCGGAUACGUGGUUAGAAGGUUCGCUGAGGCUGCAAAAUUUACCGGCGAAUGUGAUCCAACGGCCGCACUGCUACGGCUACUUGAGUAAGCAGCACGAGCGAGCGCGUCGAGCUUCGUCACCGACGGGAUGGUCAAGGCGUUACUGCGUGCUGAGGGAUGCUGUCAUGUAUUUCUACGAGGAUGCGGGUUCCGAAAGAGCUUUCGGCGUCGCUUGCUUGCAAGGCUACCGAGUGCUUAAUAGUGCCUCUAGCUCUGGUGGUAGGAAACACGCUUUCGAACUGCAGCCGCCCGAUCCCACGCAACGAACUUACACCUUCGCUUGCGAUUCCGAGAUGGAUAAGAAACGAUGGCUGGCAGCGCUGGAAUAUUCGAUCGAUAGAUGGAUAAAAAUAGGUUGACAGUAGUGCGAAGUCGCGACCGCCGUUACCUGCAGCACCAGAAGCCGGAGUCAACUGAGGAAGAAAGGGAUUGCACGGUACACCGUUUGAGCCACAUCAUUUUAUUACCAUUUUCGUUAAAUCAGACACACACUUGAUUUUAUUAAUUCGCACACAGCCCAAGCAUUCACAUCACACUCCAGAUCCGACAUCCGCGUGCGCUGUCCCUCGCCAUUAUAAUAUCACACUUAAUACGACGACGAAUAUUAGCCGGUAAAUUUUAACGUUGAUAUCGAAUCGUGAAGUUAUGACGUUAUUACACCAACGUUUGCCUCUUUUAAUAGUAACAAUACGUAAACAAUCGAAAACACGACUUUCCUAGGUUGUAUUAUUUGUGUAUUACUACUGUAUUACAUGUUUCGAAAUAUCGAUAAUAUUUACGACUGACACCUUACUUACUGGACAAGUAUCGCGGAUAACAAUUUGUAAUCAUCUUAUAUGAUACAAUGUAUUUAUAACUUGGAUAUAUAAGGUUUUUAGUUAUGUUUGAUAAUAAAAAUUUAUACUAUACGUUACAAACGAAACCAAAAAUCGACAAAUGCUAUAUGUGUACGCGGUGGAGUUAAAAUAUUAUGAAUUAUUCAAACAGAAAAAAAAUAUACGAAUGUAAAGUUUAUAUACCUGUACAUUGAUUUUAGGUUUGUAAUUCAUUAAUAAUUUAUAAUGACUAUUACGGAAAAAUGGUGCAUAAAUACACAAAUUUAUAUGUAAUGUAAAAAUACAAUAUUAUAUAUAUAUAUAUAUAUAUAUAUAUAUACAUAUAUAUAAUAUAAACAUUGUAUAGAGAUCCGUGAGCAUACAGAUGCAAAUGGAUAUUUUGUUGAGAUGAAUGAGUGAAUAUUCACUGCGACUGAAGUAUAAAAAAAAUCACUUGAAGAAAUUCUUAUUGUUAUAAAAAUAAGAGAAAUAAGAACUUGAUACGGUAACAAGUGUCAUAUUAUAAAAAAAUAGGUCCAGUGUGUAUGAAUAGUCUAAAGAGUGAAGAUUAAAAUGAGAGUAUGUAGUAGGUGUUAAUUGUUAUAGAAAAAAACAAAGUACGAAUGUAUAAGAAGGUAACGAUUUAAAAGUUUAUAUACCUCGCGCGUAAGCCUUGACAAAACCAAAAUGAGGCUGCAUUUAAAAAUAAUGUUUAUAAACUAAAUCCACACACACACACAUACACACACAUACAUGUGUAUGUGCGUGUGUGAGACAGGGAAAAUAUACAAAUGAGUAAUGUUUUAAUUGAGGAGGAAAUUCAAAAUUGUUUAUUAUGAAACAACAUGAAUACAUGUAUGUAAAUGAGUUAAUAGUUGGAUCAGCUUUGAUUACAAUUUGUUGUGCCAUAAGCGAUCAACGAUGCGUUAUUUUUAUGCGUUCGGUCAUCGUGGUAAUACCACAUACAUAAGGAAAUUGAUUAAAUAAUUCUAAAAGAUAAAAUGAAACUUAUAAAAAUGAAAAUAAGGAAACAAUUAAUUCACCCACGCAAUAAACUAAGAUGAUAAUAAAGACUUUAAUACAAAUAAUUUAAUGGCUCAAUGCCACCUUUU